AUGGAGAAAGCAAUUGAAAGACAAAGAGUUCUUCUUGAACAUCUAAACCCAAAUCCUUCAAAUUCUGUUUUCUCAUCCUCUCAUACUCAUCAAUCUACUGAUAUUUCUGCUUCAUUCUGUUCUGCUGGAGAAACAGGUGGAUCUGAAAACGACGUGGUGAUUGUAGCUGCUUAUCGUACUGCUAUUUGCAAAGCGAAGCGUGGGGGGUUUAAAGAUACUCUUCCGGAUGAUCUACUUGCCCCGGUUCUCAAGGCUGUGAUAGAGAAAACAAAUGUGGAACCGAGUGAAGUCGGAGACAUAGUUGUUGGCACAGUUUUAGGACCAGGUUCCGAAAGAGCAAUCGCGUGCAGAAUGGCAGCGUUUUACGCUGGUUUCCCAGAGACUGUGCCACUUCGAACUGUCAAUAGACAAUGUUCGUCCGGACUUCAAGCAGUUGCUGAUGUUGCUGCUUACAUAAAAGCCGGGUUCUAUGACAUUGGUAUUGGAGCUGGAGUGGAGUGUAUGUCACAAGAUAAUAUUUCAAGGAUCGUCAAAACUAGCUCAAAGGCGGAAAAUUUUGCACAAGCCCGGGACUGUCUUCUUCCGAUGGGACUCACUUCUGAGAAUGUCGUGCAACGUUACGGUGUGACAAGGCAGGAGCAAGACCAGGCCGCUGUCGAGUCUCAUAGGCGCGCCUCAGCUGCAACAGCUUCUGGUAAAUUCAAAGAAGAAAUCAUUCCGGUUUCUACAAAGAUCAUGGAUCCUAAAACUGGAGAGGAGAAGGAAAUUAUUGUUUCUGUUGAUGAUGGUAUCCGCCCAAACGCCAAUUUGGCUGAUCUCGCAAAGCUUAAGCCCGCAUUCAAAAAAGACGGAACCACAACUGCAGGGAAUGCUAGCCAAGUUAGUGACGGUGCGGCAGCCGUGCUCCUCAUGAAGAGAAGCGUCGCUGUGCAAAAGGGGCUUCCUAUUCUUGGAAUCUUCAGGAGUUUUUCUGCUGUUGGUGUAGAUCCGGCUGUCAUGGGAGUUGGUCCAGCUUUUGCUAUUCCUGCUGCAGUGAAAUCCGCUGGUCUCGAACUUGGUAACAUUGAUUUGUUCGAAAUCAAUGAGGCAUUUGCAUCACAGUUUGUUUAUUCGAGCAAGAAAUUAGGACUUGAUCCAACAAAAGUCAAUGUCAACGGCGGUGCCAUUGCUCUCGGACAUCCUUUAGGCGCCACAGGUGCGCGCUGCGUAGCAACUUUGUUGAAUGAGAUGAAGCGUCGCGGGAAGGAUUGUCGCUAUGGGGUGAUCUCAAUGUGCAUAGGUUCUGGUAUGGGAGCUGCUGCAGUGUUUGAAAGAGGAGACUUUUGA